AUGGCCAGUAAAGUCGUAUCUGUUCUCUUCUCUAUUAUUCUAGCCACCAUUUUGGUAGCUGUGAAUUCUGCCAACGAUGGUAUCAACCGCGAAAUCCAGUUCUGUGUUAAUCAUACAAUGGAGUGUAAUCCCGAAUUAAGUGAACCAUGCUGUGAUUCAAGUAACAUUUGCAAACUAAUAAACAAUGUCUUCAAGACAAACACAGUCAGAUUUUUCUGCUACAAAACAAUAAAUAUUGGCGAAGCGUGUGGAGAUGACGACUUCGACUGCACUGAAGACAACUUUGCUCGCUGUAACAGCAAGAAUAUCUGCGAGUGCGACAAUCGAUUCACGAAAAACAACGAAACUUGCGAGCCAACUUUGUCGGCGUACUGCAAAGAGGACAAUCACUGCAGAGUAGAAAAUUCAAACUGUCGUGAUGGUUUCUGUAAUUGCAAACCCAGUUACAAACCAAACAAAGCGUCGACAAAAUGUUUACCAGAUUUUUUGUAA